AUGGCAGUCUGCACGUCACAGCUGGGUCUGACGAGCCAGCAUUCCAUCUUGACGGCAACCGGCAGUUUAGACGGUCGUCAAGGCAAUCUCCACGCAUUUUCGACCCCCCACAGCCCGUCAUUACUCGUCAGGAAGCCACGUGUCGUCUGCUCGUUGGGUCCUGAAAUAGAAAAGUCCGGGUUCGGGUUUAACGCAGUGACACGCGGAAGAAGGCCGAGCACGGCUUGCAGAGCUGAUAAAAAGGACGCGGCGAGAAAGGCGCUAGAAGACGCUCUGUCAGGCAAGAAGGACAUUCUGGACAAGUGGGACGCGGAGAUCAAGAAGCGGGAGGAGGGCGGAGGGGGAGGGGAGGGCCGGGGGAGGGGUUGGGGGGGAGGCGGAGGAGGGGGAGGAGGGGACGGGGAUGGUGUGAGCGGCAGUGGGGAUGAGCGGUGGGAGGAGACGAAGCAGGUUCUGUUUGCAAUUGGCGGCAUGCUUGGCAUUGUGAGUGUGCUUCGCAUUGUCAUAUCUGCUGUUCACACAGGGCCUUCGCAUCGUGGCCUCCAAAAUCAACUGCAUUCUCUUCCGUCCACCUCCCCUCCCUCUGCCCGCUCCUUCCACCCCCCACAGUACCUGCUGUUCACGCAAGGUCUUCGCAUCGUGGCAUUCCUAGUCAACUGCAUUCUCUUCGUGCUUCGGGGUUUUAAGGGGCCGCGCUCGCAGCAGCAGGAGAUCUACACCCCCCGUGCGGCCACCGCUGGUGCUGCUGGGGGCGAUGGGGAUGUGGGUGAUGCGGGGAAGAGGGAGGAGAGCGUGCGGCAGAAGUGGGGAGGGGACGAAUGA